UCUGCGAAACCCGUCAAACUAGGAAGAAACACGGUUUGCUAUCGGUGGGAGUUGUCAAUCUGCGGUGUUGGGCAUCGAUCCUUUUGGGGGCUUAUUUCCGUUCAAAUAAAGAAGUUCUCGAGUGAUAGUAAAACGAGAAGCGCGAUCGGAGUAUCGCAGAGGUCAAGCGUUGCCCUCGCUCGCGUCAAGGAGUUGACAGCCCUCGUCGCGCGCGCACUUCCUCGAUGUCGUUUGCCAGCGACAAGCUCUACGACGGCUACCUGCGCACCAACAUGGGCGUCAUCGUCACCGUCGUCCAAGUGCGAGAGAUCGUGGUCCACUUGCCGUGUCUGACCGCUCACGACCGGGAGACCAUCGAGGCAAAGCGCGAGAUGUGCGGCAACUUCAACGGCAUGGUGCAGCUGCUGGACUGCCUCAAGCGGCGGGAGAGCUGGCCCGAGCACUUCAUCCGAGCUCUGGAAAUGUGCGAGCACGGCGCCAUCGCCGCCGAGGUCCGCGCCGAGUACGACAAGCUCAGAGGCGUCGGCGAUUCCACCCGCGGCGUCCACCCGAGCCCGGCCCCCCCUCCCGCGCCCGAGGGUGCCGCUUCUCCGCCUUCCCCUCCUCGAGCCGACCCCGAGCCGGAGGUCCCGACUCCUGCGCCGCCGCCUGUGUCCCAGGCGCCACUCGCUACCGCCGCCCCUGAGGCCACGCCUCCGCAAGAAGCAGAGAGACCGGAUCGGGAUCACCUGGAACCGGAGGAAAACUCCGAAUCCGACAUCCAGGACGCCGAAGCGACGCCCGAAGAGGUUUCGUCCGGAAGCGUCGCACCGCCUCAGCCCGCUCAGGCCGCGGAACCGUGCGACGUCAGCGACAGCCCGCCGGAAAGUGCCGUCGACUCGGAUGUGACCGGCGCCCCCCCGACCCCCGAGAAGCCCCCCGUUCAGGAAACCGACCCGCCUCUGGAAAAAGUCGUUCCUGCCGCUGUUAUCCCGCCGCCUGAUAUUCCGGAGGCUCCGCCUACACAGAACGUCGUCGAGAACUGUACGGCGACAGGAAGUACACCCGCGAGCGCCGCCACGGGCGACGCCGCCUCGGCGUGCCAGAGCCCGCCGCGCACACUCACCAGCGUCCUGCCGCGAGAGGAUCCAAACCCCGCCGCCGCCAGAUCCGGAUCGGCGACGUACUCGGGUGACUCGGAGCGUCUGGAAAUAAGCGAGGAGGAGGAAGACGAGGACGAGGACGAGGUCGAGGACGAGGUGCAGGUGAACACUCUGCACGUCUCCCAGCAGCCGUCCGUCCUCAACCUGGACGGCCAGCGCGUGGUCAACGGUGACGCCGCCAAAGAAGUCGCCUCCGUCCAGGAGCCCGCGUCGACGACUUUGUGCCCCGAGCCCGAGAAGCCGGCCCCUCGCCGCGCGCUGGCUGCCAACGCUAAGUACAUGGCGACGGCGGUGGUAGUGGGCGCCUGCGCGCUGUUGGUGGCGUGGAAGUUGAAGCACUGAAGAGGAGCGCUUCCGCUUUAAGGCAGCGCUUCCCGACCUUUUUUUUUUUUUUUUUUUUUUCCACCCUUCGACUUUCGAAAAAUCUCACGGCACACCGCCAAACGUAAAAAUGUCUCAAAAAGUACAUAUACUAAAAUAAUGAUGAGCUCGUCUUAAUUUACUUUACUCAAUGUGAAAUAUGGUUCUGUUAGAACACAAAAACUAUAAUUGUGUUGUCUGAAUGGCAACAGGUGGCCGCACCGGUUAAUUGUCCCUCCUGCCGUCUACUGGAAGAGCGUUUCGUUGUUCUGCCUGUCACUAUAUGUCACGGGCAUAUAUAGAUGAAGAAAAAUACAUUAUAUGUAGUCCAUAAAUAAUUUUACAAUCAAUUCAAGUCCCUGUUAAGUGAAAAUACAUCUCUUUUGAAUUAGACACAACGCAGAGUGUUGUUAACAACCCUGCCAAAUUUGAAGGAUUGAAAACAUGCGAAGUGAGGCGUCUCCUCUCUGGAACGCUGCGAGCGUGUCUGCUGAAUGCGCUGAAACCCUGCGCAACUGCCACCUGUCAAUCAAAUAGCUCUGCUACCAGCUGGAAAAAUGAACGCUACUUGUCUUACAUCUUUUGUUAUUCGUCAUGUUUGAGCCUCGGAAAUGUAUCCGCUUAAAGCCUCCACUGGCUGAAAUAUAUCCCGCAGGGCUUUUCCAACCACAACAACGAGGCACUCUAAAGCGGCCACACCGGCACGAAGCCCCUGUCCACAUUUUGGCUGUCAUGUUGGACUUAUAUUUUGUUGUCGUUUUACUUUGCCCUUUGCUCUUCCGCCUUCUCGUGACGUGCAGUCAUGAACGGCUGACAACGAGGCGCUCUAAAGCUGCCACUGGAGCCCGAAGUCCCGAUCCACAACGCAGUCAAGUUAGGGACGUUGAGGGACAAAAAGAAAAACUGUCCCCCUCCUCGCUAUUCCGCCUUUCUCUGUGUGAUGUGCGCAUCCUCAGCUGACAACGAGGCGCGCUCAAGCAGUGAACAUGAAAUUAUAUAAUUUCUCUAAUGUGCGCACAAAUGUGCAGCAGCACAGUGGUCGGGAAGAGCUGCUUUAAGGAGACCGGCUUACAGGUGCCUUAUUGUUAUGAAAGGAUGUGAUGGUUUGAAGGCUCCAUUUUUCAAAACGGUAUGGAAAGUCAAAACUUUGUCGAUCCUAUUUUUUAUUGAUGUGAACAUAACAUUAUUGUACUAUGCUGGAUACUCUAAAUGGGCACGUUAAGACCACACUGUGAUCAUUUAAAUGCCAUGUUUUAAUUUUAUUUUAUUUUUGUCAUUUUGUUUUAGCGUUACUCUGUUCAGGCACGGGUGGGCAAACUUUAGUGCUCAAGCGCCUCAUUUGAUUUUGAAAUGGGAGUUUGAAAAAAAAAACGAAUUAAAAUGUGUAUUGAAAGUAUGUACAGUUGUUUAUUGUAUAAUACAGUAAACAUGAAUAGACACUUUAUUCACUUUAAAGUCAAAGACAGAAAUAAUCUGUUUCAGAGUCAAAUUUGCUAAAAUUGUACAGGCACCGUUUGAAGUCGCAUUUCUGACUGCUGUACAAGUGGAAAAAGAAGCGAACCACUGUUCAUAGUCAAGCAUAAAAACAAAACGGUCCAGCUUUGAUAUCGAGUGAUUGUCAUGGUCUGUUGUGGGGUCAAACUGUCGCCGUUGUAAAAUCUUUUAUGUUUUUCACCGCCAUACAAGUGUGAAAACUAUCAGAGCAGCGAUGUUGCUUACCGGUGAAUACAUGUACAACAAAGUAUGUGGAGUCCUGUAAGAUAAGCCAUUUUCUUGUAAAUAGUGAUGUGUGUAUAUAGUAUGAUAAUAAAAUUG